CGCAAGGCUCCAGCGACAGAAUCAGUUGUCAAAUCAAUAUUUCCAUCAAAACAAAUUUCCGCUAAAUUGAACAGCCUUCGCUCGAAUCAGUCAAAGCACGGGAUCCCGCUACAUCCACAGCACCACGAUGACUACCGAUGUGAAGGAAACACCGGCAAAUGAGUAUUCCGUCGCGUUCGUAACCGUACCGGACAAUACGGUGGCGGUUAAUAUGGCCCGGCAGCUCGUUGAGAAAAGUUUGGUGGCGUGCGUUAAUAUCAUCCCCGGGCUGACGUCCAUUUACGCGUGGGAGGGUAAGAUUAAUGAAGAUUCGGAAGUGUUGAUGAUGAUCAAGACGCGUACCUGUCGGGUGGAGGAGCUGAUCAAAUUCGUACGUGAAAUCCACACAUACAGCGUGGCGGAGGUAAUUGCAUUUCCGAUUGCGAGCGGGAAUGCACCGUAUCUGGACUGGAUUGGAAAAACUGUCCCAAAAGCUGGCACUGCGUAAGGGGUAUCGUCGGGUGUGAGGUGGUUUUCUUAAAAUGAAAAAGAGAUCUAAGCGUGUUAUAAUUUUUGAAUUCUGGGCGUAAUGGAAUUGGUGUAUGAAAUUAAGGGGGUAAAGGAUAUUAUGUAGAAUAUAGAUUGUUUUGCCUAAAUCACUAUGAGUCUGUUUUUUUGUGGUAAAUUUGUCAGUUAGAAAUUAAAUAUUCUCUGCCAAAUCUGAUCUAUCUUGUCAAGUUAACCAUUUC